CCCCUCGUGCACAAAAACCACCUCAUCGCUCACAAGUCUUACCAACCUUGUAUUUUCACUCAACUACAAAUCGACCUCCAACAACGACAAAAUGGUCCGGCUCUCUGUCUUUGCGGUCAUCUUCGCCGCCGUUACUUCCGUGGCUGCUGACGGAUACUGCCAAUGCCUCUUCUCGGAUGGCUCCCACUGCUGCGUUACUCAAUACGGCAUCAAUAAGAACUGCCAGGAGCGUUGCCUGAACAACGGGAGCUACAAACACCAGUGCAACGCUGGUGGGAAGUACUCGGACGUGAGCGGGUGGAACGCACAGUUUCGCCUGUCCUGCGAGGACUUCACGAUCGGCUAAGCGUUAUGGGCGAAUAGUGGUUGGGAGGGCUUGCACAGGAAAGAGCAGUAGACAAACUAUUAGCUGGGUUGUGUCCUGAGUACAGACACCAGCAGUCCUUUUCCAUAGACUUUACACAUACAUCGCAUGUCACGCACAAAUUCAGAACUAUUUGCUUCCCCUAAUUUUAAUCUAUCAAAUCC